AUGGUUCCGACUCCGCGUAUAGAAACUAACAAGUUUACAUGUAGACUUCCUAAUAAAGGGAUCACACACAAGGAGCUUGAUGUUAUUAAGCUCACAGCGCAGAGUUGUUUUUGGAACGGUGGUGUUAAGGAAAAAGUGAUUGAGGAUCCUCUGUUCAAUCUUUUCAAAGGACUUUUUGAUGCGUAUUUGGGAGUCUUAAAACGUCCCGAGAAUUGGAAAGAAGAGCUGAGAAAGAAUGCAGCUGAUGUGGAGACGGUUCUCGAAAAUUGUUUCCAUUGUCUUCAAUGGGAUCGCUCCUUCAAGGAGCGUAUGGAGAAAGCAAGGGAAAAGAAGGGACGGAAAGUGGCCAGGAUUGAUGAAGCAUUUGCGCACCUUGUAUCGAUGAGGGAAAUGGCUCUUUGUCCAGCAAAACCAGACCCGAACAGACCAAAGAUUGACGAUGCAGUCGUUAUCCGAAACCGUGGCGACUUUGAAAGAGAAAAUAUAUCGGGCGGUAGAUUUUCGAGUAAGCAAACAGGAGAUAAGCGGAAAACCGGGGUUUUAAAGGACAACAAGUCACUUGCAUAUUACAAUGUGGGAGCAGGAGAAUUGCUAACAAUGUCUGUGGAAUGGAUGCGAUGGAAAUAA